UCGCGUCCGUUAAUAAACAAACAGGAGCUCAAAUCAGGACACUACCGCCCUUAAUAGUAUGACAAACUAGUACGCGUGGAAAUAGACUAUAAAAAUGCAACACAAGCUCCAUUUUGUGUUUCUGAGUUUUGUCCUUCCUUAGCAUCGACAUGUUUAGCCGUGUGUUUUGAGGCGUUGUGGUGGACGCAGGGGAAAAGUCUGUACACUAGCGUACUACUUAGUAUGCGAAAAUAGUGCGCUUUGUGGGAAGUUGUGUUGCGAAACUGUGAGAUAAAAUUUCAGCUUGUUUUCAUCCUGAAGGAUUUCACAAGUCAGCUGGUGGAAAGUGAAUUUAUUCUCCUCAUCGAGCAAACCUGAGCAGCUCCUGCUGGUUAAUCAUCUCUGAGAGACGGCGGCAUGUUGCCUGAUCAGGAUGGACAGAAUGCUGGAGGAGGAGGAGGAGGAGGAGGAGCGAGUGAAGAUCCCUCCGUUUCCCUUUUCAGGGAAUAUCUCCGUCUGAAGACGGUCCAUCCGGAACCGGACUACGAUGCUGCCCUCAGGUUCCUCGGCAGGAUUUCAGAGGAACUGGGUUUGCCCAUGAAGAAAGUGGAGGUGUGUCCUGGUAGAGUAGUGACCAUCCUGACUUGGACAGGCACGAAUCCCGCGCUGAAGUCCAUCCUUCUCAACUCUCACACCGACGUCGUUCCUGUGUACCAGGAGCACUGGAAGUACGACGCCUUCGCCGCUGUGAAGGACGCUGAGGGGAACAUCUAUGGCAGAGGAUCCCAGGACAUGAAGUCGGUCACUAUACAGUAUAUCGAAGCAAUUCGACGUCUGAAGGCUGCGGGGAAGACGUUCCCUCGCACCAUCCACCUGAUGUUUGUCCCAGAUGAAGAGGUCGGAGGUCAGAAAGGAAUGGAGGUGUUUGUAAAGCGCCCUGAAUUUCACAAGCUCAACGUCGGCUUUGCCUUGGAUGAGGGUCUGGCUAAUCCCACAGAAGCCUUCACAGUGUUUUAUGGAGAGAGGAAUCCUUGGUGGGUGACUGUUCGGUGUCCAGGCAGUCCGGGUCACGGCUCCAGGUUUGUGGAAAACACAGCUGCUGAAAAACUGCACCGGGUCAUUAAUUUGUUCCUGGACUUCAGAGAGAGAGAGAGACAGCGGCUUAAUACGAGCGAGUGUUUCACUCUGGGUGACGUCACCACUGUGAACAUGACGAUGGUGAGAGGGGGCGUGGCUUACAACGUCAUACCCGCUGAGAUGGACGUCAGCUUCGACAUUAGAAUCCCACCCACUGUCAAUCUGCAGGAGUUUGAGGAGCAGAUUAAGGCUUGGUGUAAGGAAGCGGGCGAUGACGUCACGUACGAGUUUGCGCAGAAAGGUAUGAAUCAGAACACUACGUCCACAGAGGACAGCGACCCCUGGUGGACAGCGUUCAGCUCCACAUGCAAGUCCCUGAACAUGACGUUAAAGAAGGAGAUUUUUCCCGCUGCCACAGACAGCCGCUUCAUCAGAGCCGCUGGUCUUCCUGCGAUCGGGUUCUCGCCGAUGAACCGCACCCCCAUCCUGCUGCACGACCACAACGAGUUCAUCAGCGAGAGCGUGUUCCUCAAAGGCAUCCACGUCUACGAGACCCUCAUCCCUGCUCUCGCCAGCGUGCCCACCCUGACCACUGAGGCCUAGACACACACACACACGCACGCACACACGCACGCACACACACACACAUUACACUAGUCUUUCUCUCUAUUAAAGCAUCCUGGUGUUUUACACUUCCAGCUGCUCUUCAUCUCUCCACUCGAGUUUUUUUUAACACCAAAGAGCUGAGGGAACUCGUCCCGUACGAGACCUCGGCCUCCUCCUUGCACGUGCUUCUGAUCCAGCCACUCAGGAUUCUGCAAGUUAAAUCAGAAAUAAUAACCUCAACGCUACACUGCUGCAGCCUCGGCGUGGUGUCGCUCUGUUGCAGUGACACUCGUUCGUCUUAGUGAAGAGCAUGAAGUCUUAAAUCUGAAUAUCAGUGAGAUCAUGAGGGAGCUCAGUGUGUUUUAACGAGGACGCUCAUGAAAUGAUGAAGCCACUUAUAACCUUGAAUUAGAAGUAGGACAUCUCUGAUUUACUGAUGUUUACAAUCACUUAGCUGCGUACUCGAUGAUGUGUUGAUUUGUACUUGAUGUCACAAGGUUGAUUUAUAUGCAUAUCUUAAUUAUUAAAUAUUUUAAAACCUCAAAA